AUGCUGGCAGCUCUGAAGCCGUGCUUACCACGGCACCUCGAUCGUGUCCUCUGCACCGCAUUGCACCCAUCCGCAGCGCACCGCGCGCUCCAGCCAGUCCAGUACCGAGUCUUGGUGCUCUGGGAUCAGGCUCAGGCCGCCGCCGGAACAGCAUGGAUCCGCGGAUUCACCGCAAAUUCCGGCGGAGAUUCAGGGAACGGGAGCAAUGCAGGAGGCAAGAAGGGAGAUUCGGCUGCGGAUGCGUCGAAUGCAAGCGGGAAAGGAGAUUCUGUGAAAGGGGGACUCGAGGCGGAAGUAGUAGCGGAAGGCGGAGGGGAAUCCGCGCGCGUGGCGGAAGCAUCGGCGGAAGGGGCGGGGGAGGUGGGGGAAGCCGCCGCUAGUGAGGCAUCGGCGGAAGCAGUGGGGGAGGAAGUCGCAGCGGAUGCCGUAGCGCACGCAGGGUACCAUGGCGCCCGGCGCGGCCGCAUCAGACGGCGUGAUUCGCGGAUCAGGUCCGCCACGGAAAUCAAAGGAGCCUCUUCCGCUCCCGCUGCAGCGGCUGCGAACGCUGAGGCGGCCGCACGGGGGGAGGGGAAUUCCGUGGGGGAAACUGCGGGGGAAAAUGCGGGCACAUCCGCGGAAGCCGGGGCGGAAUUUGUGAUGGGGGAAGGCGCAGCGGGGGAAGGAACGGGGGAAGGAGGGGGUUUGGCGGAGGAGACGUCCAUCGUCCCCGCGGGUCCGCGCCCCGAGCAUUACCCGAAAGUGCUCGCGAUUCCGCUCACGCGCAGACCACUAUUCCCAGGCUUCUACGUCCCCGUUAUAGUCAAGAACCCCAAGCUGGUGGCGGCGCUACAGCAGCUCAAGGCGCAAGGGACGCCCUAUGUGGGCGCGUUCCUCGUCCGAGACGACCACGCUGCUGCCGCUUCUGCUGCUGCUGUUGCUCAUCCUUCAGCUGGCGCGGCUGGAACAGCCGGAGCAGAGGGAGCAGAUGGGGCAAACGGAGCAGCCACAAGCAGCAGCAGCAGUGACAGGCGCGAGUUGGGGCCAGAGAGGAGUGACGGUGUGAUGCAGGUGAUCAAGCCACUGGACGGCGACUUGGCGCAGGUGAUGCAGGUGAUCAAGCCACUGGACGGCGACUCAGCACAGGUGCUGCUGAUGGGGCACCGGCGACUGAGGCUGACAGGCAUGGUGGGGGACGACCCGCUCACUGUCACCGUGGAUCAUAUCAAGGAUCUCCCCUACGACAGCAACAGUGUGAUGAUAAAGGCCACAGUGAUGGAGGUGGUGAGCACGCUCAAGGACCUCGUGAGGCACAACCCGCUGUACAAGGAGCACAUCGCCAUGUUCGUGCAGCACGUGGGGGAGUUCAACGCCUCAAGAAUGGCUGAUUUUGGUGCCGCGCUUACGACCGCCGAUGAACCCACACUCCAGUCGGUUCUGGAAGAGCUGGACGUGGGCAAGCGUCUCUCCCUCGCCCUCAUGCUGCUCAAGAAGGAACUCGAGCUCGCCAAGCUGCAGGCGAACAUCGCCAAGGGCGUGGAGGAGAAACUGGCGGGGGAGAGCCGCAGAUACAUGCUCAUGGAACAGCUCAAGGCCAUCAAGAAGGAGCUGGGGCUGGAGAAGGAUGACAAGACAGCACUCAUUGGUCGCUUUAAGGAGAAGCUUCAGCCAUUUCAGCAGAACUGCCCGCCAGCAGCCAUGCAGGUGAUAGAGGAGGAGAUGGCGAAGCUGCAGGGGCUGGAGGCGAGCUCGUCGGAGUUCAAUGUGACUCGCAACUACCUUGACUGGCUCACGUCCAUCCCCUGGGGGCACUACAGCGAGGAGAAUCUGGACGUGGUGCGGGCACAGCAGGUGCUGGAUGCGGACCAUUAUGGGCUGACGGACGUGAAGGAGCGAAUUCUCGAGUUCAUUGCUGUUGGCAGGCUCAAAGGCAGCACGCACGGCAAGAUCAUCUGCCUCGUUGGCCCGCCAGGUGUCGGAAAGACCUCCAUCGGCCGCUCUAUUGCCAACGCCCUGGAUCGCAAGUUCUACCGCUUCUCUGUCGGAGGGCUGUCUGACGUGGCAGAGAUCAAGGGUCACCGGCGCACGUACGUGGGCGCCAUGCCAGGCAAGAUGGUGCAGUGCCUCAAGUCCACAGGAGUUGCCAACCCUCUCGUGCUGAUUGACGAGAUCGACAAGUUGGGCAGGGGCCACGCGGGAGACCCAGCAGGGGCGUUGCUAGAGAUGCUGGAUCCGGAGCAGAAUGCGUCGUUCCUGGACCACUACCUGGACGUGCCUUUGGACCUCUCCAAGGUGCUCUUUGUGUGCACGGCCAACAUGCUAGAGACCAUCCCUGCGCCCCUGCUGGAUCGCAUGGAGGUGAUUCGGCUGGUGGGGUACAUUUCAGACGAGAAGACCCACAUCGCUAGAGGGUACCUUGAACCAGCUGCUCGCUCUGGGUGUGGCGUGAAGCCAGAACAGGUGCUGGUCACGGACACUGCACUGCACUCGCUUAUCGAGACGUACUGCAGGGAGGCGGGCGUGAGGAACCUGCAGAAGCACAUCGAGAGGAUCUACCGCAAGGUGGCGUUGAAAAUAGUGCGUAGGGAGGGGGAAAAGGAAGAACGAAAGAAGGUAGCUGCAGCGGCAGCAGCGGGAUUGCUGGAGGAUGGGGAAGAGGCCAAGGAGGAUAUAAUCUCCGGCAUUACUCGUGGCAGCAGCAGCAGCGAUUUCAGCAGCAGUGAUUCAAGCAGCAGCAGCAGCAGCAGCAGCAGGAAGGAUAGUAUGGAGAUAGCGGAGAAGAUUAUGGAGGGGACAGAGGGAGCUCUGGACCUUGUUACACGGCUGUCAGACGAUGGGGGGGAGGGGGAGAGGAGGGGCGAGGUGAAGGAAAAGGACGAGGAGGAGAACCGGGUUCUAAGGAGGGGGGAGAGAGAGGAGAAGGAAGGUGUAGUGGAUAUUCAUGGGGACACGGAUGAGGUUAAGGAGGGCAAGGGAAGGGAGAAUGAGGCUGAGAAGAAGGCUGAAGAGGAGGGAGAGAGGAUAGUGGUGGACGAGGGCACGUUGGUGGAGUAUGUGGGGCAGCCGGUGUUUCAGAGCGAGCGCAUGUAUGAUGAGACGCCCGUGGGAGUGGUCAUGGGGCUGGCAUGGACGGCUAUGGGAGGCUCGACCCUCUACGUUGAAGCAACCGUGAUCGAGCAGCCGGUGUUUCAGAGCGAGCGCAUGUAUGAUGAGACGCCCGUGGGUGUGGUCAUGGGCCUGGCGUGGACUGCCAUGGGGGGAUCAACACUCUAUGUUGAAGCAACAGUGAUCGAGCAGGCAGCGGAAAGAGGCAGCCUUGAGCUGACGGGUCAACUGGACGAUGUGAUGAGGGAAAGCGCCACCAUAGCGCACAUGGUGGCACGGCAGAAUCUUUCCCGUGCCGACCCCGGGAAUGAGUUCUUCAAGAAGACGCGCAUGCACAUGCAUGUGCCGGCUGGAGCCACACCUGAUAAGCCCCCUUUUCACAUCCCUGGUUCCCUCCCCUCCCUUCCACCACUCCCCUUCUCCUCUCCUUCCUCCUCCCUUCCUCCCUAUUCACAGGCAGCAGAGCGGGGCAGUCUCGAACUCACGGGUCAACUGGGCGAUGUGAUGAGAGAAAGCGCCACCAUAGCGCACACGGUGGCGCGACAAAUCCUCACGCGUGCCGACCCCGGGAAUGAGUUCUUCAAGAAGACGCGCAUGCACAUGCACGUGCCGGCAGGGGCCACACCCAAGGACGCAGUGGUGUCAGCAUUGGUGACAGCAGUGAUGACAGCAGGGGGAAGCGCAGUGGUGCAAGUAUUGGUUAAAGAGAACACCAUCGCUGCUCGUCACAACGGCGUUAAGCUGCUCGUGUUCCCCAAGGCCAGCUGCAAGGACUAUGAGGAGCUGUCAGAAAGCACCUACACACUAUCUCAUGUCUUUUGCUCCCAUUUUCCCCCACAGGUGAAGGAAGAAAACUAUUGCGGCUCGUCGCAACGGGGUGAAGCUGCUCGUGUUCCCCAAGGCCAACCGCAAGGACUACGAGGAGCUGCCAGAACACUCACACGCUCCCUCUCCUGCCUUUUGCUCUUUCCUGCACAGGUGAAGGAAAAGACUAUUGCAGCUCGUCGCAACGGUGUCAAGCUGCUUGUGUUCCCCAUGGCCAACCGCAAGGACUAUGAGGAGCUGCCAGAGCACGUGAGGGAGGGACUGGAUGCUCGGUUCGUGGAUCACUAUGAUGAGAUCUUUGAGCUCGCGUUUGGACGGGGGGCGGAGGAGAUGGGUGCUGCAGAAGUGGUGGCUGAUGCUGUGGCUGUGGAGCCUCAGAGGGAGAAGGCCGGCGCUGUCAUUGCAUCGUGA